CGGUGAAAGCAAAUGUAACUCUUGCGUGGAUGUUUGAUUCAAUGAUUUCAUAUAGGUAGCUGUCUGCCAUCAUACUCAUGGACAUAAUGCUUGUAUAGUUUUGAACAAAAAUUACAAAGUAUUUAUUCGCUUUGCACUUCUGAAUAACGCUCAGCGAAAUGAAGGGGCAAAAUACGGAUCAUUAUCAUUCUUGUUGUCAGCCCAGGGAUCACAGAAUCCUGGAGGUGGUUUUCCAGGGGCUGGUGGUGGUGGUGGUGGUGGUGGUGGUGGUGGUGGCACGAAUCCACCUGGUGGCGGUGGAGGGCCACCAGGGGCAUUUGCAGACGGACGAUAUAAAUUCGGAUCCGCUUUUGGUACCUCCCAUGGCUUUGCUGGAUUUGCAAAAUAUUCGUUUUUGUCGUAG